AUGGGGCCUGAAGGGGUUUUUGCCCAUUGCAUUGGCCCUUUGGUAUUCCAAAGAGACUCUCCCUUGGUAAAAGACUUCUCAGAAGGAAUUUCACGGCUGGCAGAAAAUGGAACUCUCAAGUGUUUGGAAGACCACUGGUUGACACCUCAUAAGUGCUCAAGCGACUCAACAUCGUCAUCUUCUGAAACUGAAAGCCUAACCCUCGCCGACUUUUGGAUUCUCUAUGUGAUAAGUGGUCUCACUUCCACCAUCUUCUUGAUCGUGGCUCUGUUGAGGACUUACUAUGAUCAAGAGAAAGAAGGUCAAUACAUUAAUAGCAUAGAAGCUUCUGAGAAUAAUGGUGUCUCGAACAAGACACUUGGAAGAUUCGCCGCAGGCAUUUACAACAAUAUUGGCAGUUUGAAUUUCAACAAUAAUGUAGGAAGAGCUGCAACUUUUGGUGGAACACAAACUGUUUGCCAUAAGAAUUCUUCGAGGUGGGAGAGUGUAAGAACUGAUGAUGAUUAUGUUAAUCCUCGACGGACCCAAUGA